AUGAUCGGAACCGACCCCAGUACAGUUGGCGACAAUGACAACGCCGUUGAUGCGACCGAUACUCUGACCUUCGCGGUUAAGACUGUUGCAGUCGAGGGUAAGAGAAAGAUUUCCGAUAUUGUCUCUUCAGUGUACGGCAACUUUGGACAUGCGCAGGCCGACCUUCCCAAGAACAUGCUCGUCGGAUGUGCUGAUAACCCCGCCAUGAAGGUCGUUGGCUAUGGUGCUUGGUUGAGAGAUAACGAUCUCACUGACCUGAGCGGUACCGUAGAGCGAAUGUUCGACAAGAUGGGCUUCUACGUCGUGAUCCGAGACGAUCUCCCCAUCAACAAGUCCACCCAUCCCAACAACGUAUGUGACGACCGAACUAACCGCUAUCUUGACAUCCUCUCCUGGUGGCCCAAGUCCGCAUCCGGCCGCGUUGGCGGCGAUCUCGCCAUGGAGAAUGUCUGGGCCAAAUGGAAUAUGUCCCGCCUCUGGACCUUUCACAACGCCGUCGAGUGCUGGGAGAACAACGGCGGCAAGAUAGGCGAAACAAAGGUAAAAGCUCUUCAGAGUGAGUGUACUAAUGGUGUUCCUCCUCCUUGCUUCUUCGCCAUGCCGGUUCUCAAGCGGAAUUGGAGCAAGGAUGCUGCGUCUAAUAGUGCGAUUUUGCUGGCGGGUGAUUUCGUGGGACAGGAAGGGCAGGCUGGAAGGCUUUGGCCGAAGGAUAAGUGUGAUAAGGCGAACAGGGAACUUGAUCCGAUUACGGGUGGGCAGGUGAGGAAGUGCAGUAGCCUCAACAAGGUCGGAGGAGAGAAAUAG